AUUCCACAAUAUUAAAUAAAAGGAUUUGGGGAGAGUGGUUGAGAAUAAACGUACACAUACAAUAUUGAAUAUUUUGUAAUCAAGACCAAGACACAGGGAAAAACUGCACGCGCCUUUCCGAUUGACUCCAGAUAUUAACUUUAUUCCUAAAAGCACGCUUCUACCAAAAACCUACACGUUACCAAGAUCCGACAAACUUUUUACGAAAAGCGGAAAUUGGAGUUUAAAGAACAAUAGUUAUGAUUUCAGUGAAUUUACAUCUUUUGGCUUUAGCACUUUUGUGUAUUACCCAAAUAGUUUGCUCUAAAGAAGAAACAACAGAACAGAAGCCAGAGGAUGAGUCGUUAUCGAGGAUGAAGCGAGGUGGUCUUAACAUGCUGAGGUUAGGUCGUGGGCUACAGAUGUUACGCUUAGGAAAACGGACAAAUUUCCCCAUGUUCAGAAUGGGUCGUUCUCAGCCCGAGCCUGAAGAUAGUGAUGAAGAACUCAAAGAACUUAUUUUAGAGAUAUUAAUGCAAAAACAGGCUGAAAAGUCCGCACUUGAAGAUUAUAACUACCCAGCACCCUACCCACAUCCUCCCUCAUUCCCCCGUUUUAAAAGAUCUCUACCUGAUUAUCCCGAAACCCCAAAAGAAGUCGAAAUCCCAGAUUUAGACAAAUUACAAGAAGGUGGUUUUGAAGAUAAAAAUGAAGAUGAUAAGAUCAAUGAAUAUUAUCCAAUAAGUUAUCCAGAGAUGGAAGAGGAAGAGGCCUAUCAAAAACGAGCCUUAGGAAUGUUACGUCUUGGUCGCUCCGGUACGGACGAUGGAAUAACAGAAGAACAAAAACGUCGUAUGAGUAUGUUAAGAAUGGGAAAACGACCAAUGAGCAUGCUUAGAAUGGGAAAACGACCAAUGAGCAUGCUCAGAAUGGGAAAACGACCAAUGAGUAUGUUACGGAUGGGAAAACGACCAAUGAGUAUGUUACGAAUGGGAAAACGACCAAUGAGCAUGCUCAGAAUGGGAAAACGACCGAUGAGUAUGUUACGAAUGGGAAAACGACCAAUGAGCAUGCUUAGAAUGGGAAAACGGCCAAUGAGUAUGUUAAGAAUGGGCAAAAAAUCCGAUGAUGAACAUUCCGUGGAAACAAGAGGGCUGUCGAUGCUCCGACUAGGGAGAAGUACAUAAAGACUUCCGGUUUCCGGUGCUGUUUCUCAUUGAAAAUAGAAGCGAAAUUAUCAUUUAUAAACAAGAAAACCACCUUUCAAAUUGUGCAAUAAUAACCCCUCCCAAGACCCCUGAAUGUGUUAUACGGAAAACUCAUCCCCUUUAGUUUUGUGAGUUAUUUUGUUUUGUUACUUUCUCUUAAAUGUUAACAGGAUUUUAAAUUCGUACCCGGAAACCAAUGACUAUAUAUGGAGUUGUUAAUUAUAUGAAAGUGGUAUCAGAUGUUCUAGAAAUAGUAAGCAUACCCCGUCUCGUACAAUGACAAGAUCAACAAACAAGAAUCAAGAAUCAAGUUAUACUACCGACCUUUGAAAAUCAUCGCCCUAAAACUAUUUGUCACAUUUCCAUAUUUUUAAUUACUCCUGAGUCAUUUAAACCGAAACUGCAAACUUUCAUCAAUAGUUCCGCGAUCAACAGUUUGAUCUGGUGCUUUCUGAAGGUUUUUUUUCUUCUGUGAAAGUGCAGAAUUUGUGACCAAUAUGGCAUCAGCAAGGCUUUAUCGAACGAUCUUUAAUCGUUAGUGGAGAGUAAGAUCAAAGAUAACUUUAAAACUUAACGGAACGAAAUGAUUUAAAGCUUAUUACACCGAAGAUACCUUAUAUGAAGAACACCAAUCGAUGUACACUGGGCCAUAAGAAACGAAACGAAACAGUCAUGUUUUAUUGUUACGACGUUAAAUGCUUGAUACCAAUCGCUGAACACUAAACCUAAGCCACACACAGAAUCACGGCUUAAAUCAGGAACUGAAACAAAAAUUACAGUGGGUGAAUUGUAAGCAAUAGAAAGUGGUAUUGAGUGUUCCAAGAAGGGUAAGCACACCCUGGCUAUGUCACGAUCUACUCCAGUAAAUACAACACAACCCCUUCUCUUUGUGAUUGUUUUAUUUCGUUUUGUAACGGACUAACUUAAAACAUUCCAUUUAUUGUUUUUGUUUACGGUGGGUAACUCACGCCCAUUCUUCCCAAAUUUCACACCCACCCCUCUUCUCCUCGUGAGCUCGGAUUUUCUCCCUUUUAUUAAGUAAUAUAUAUAUAUAUAUAUAUAUAUUUAUUUAGCUAAUAAUUAAAAUGUAUGCCAAUAUGUUUAUGAGAUGUUACAUAGAAAUGUUGCCUUUUCGGUGGCUGUUAAAACAAUAACAAUAAUAAUAAUUCGUUUUUGUAAAAUAUUUGAAAUAAGAAAUAAACAAUUCUAAUUUUUACAGAAGACGCCCUUCGCUUUCGUUUCAGUUGUAAAUUUGUAAUGUUUGUUUUUCAUCCAACCACAAUAAAAAUGAAAGGUUU